CUUUCUAUCUGUUUGUGAACGGCCUGGGAUCUGUCAUGGGUUUGUUCACUGGGUAAGUGCCUGUAGUACAGUAACACACCGAUCAACAGAAGCUCUGUAUUGUAUUGUAGUACACUGAGCUGCACCCGACUCCAUUGAGGAUUGUUCCUCGUCGCUUCGUAUUCUUGCAGCCCCGGAAGCGCUCCUGUCUGGUGCCACGUCAGGCUUUUACCGGUACAUAAACAUCAUCACUGUCACAUACAGACUGCAUCCCAUAAAACCAAACUCCAGCUCCUCUAUCUCCAGUGAAUAGAGUUGAAAAGGCCAGCCUGAAGCUCUUUGUUUAUCACCGCGUUUCGAUAAUCCGCUGUCUCCUGUGAUAAGCCGCUACAUCAUGACAUUCACGAUUCCUUUGUUCCGUUGCUUCUGCUUAUUCUUUCACGCUGUUGUAGUUUUUAAUUUGGUUUCCGCGACUGAGCUGACGUUUGAGUUGGCUGAUGACGACACACAAUGCUUCUUUGAAGAAAUUGAUAAAGGAGAAAAGUUUUCACUAGAUUAUCAAGUAAUUACGGGGGGUAACUACGACGUGGACUGUUCCGUCGUGGGUCCAGGAGAGAACGUCCUGUACGAAGAGAGUAAGAAACAGUAUGACCACUUCAGCCACACGGCUGAGGAGACCGGCGUGUACAAGGUCUGCUUCAGCAAUGAGUUCUCCACCUUCUCACACAAGACCGUGUACUUCGACCUGCAGACUGGGGAGGAGCCUGCUCUUAUCCCAGAAAUGCAUAACAGGGUCUCCGCCCUCACCCAGAUGGAAUCCUCCAGUGUCUUAAUCCACGAGAUCCUGAAGACCAUCUCCGAGUCCCAGACUCACUACCGCCUGAGGGAAGCCAUUGACCGCAUCAGGGCGGACGAGAUCCAUGAGCACGUCAUGUACUGGUCAAUCGGGGAGACGGUCAUCCUCUUUGUGGUCAGCAUCAGCCAGGUGGUGAUGCUCAAAAGCUUCUUUACUGACAAGAAGCCCCUCCCAGGACUCAGCUCAUAGACAUGGUUGCGAAUGGGAGUUCUUUUCCAUUUUACAGGUGUGUAUCUAGGUACACAGUCUUUUUCAAAUUUGUAUUCUUCUUCUUCUUCUUCUUCUUCUUCUUCUUCUUCUUCUUCUUCUUCUUCUUCUUCUUGUCUUUGGUGCAUAGCAUCUCCUCCAGGAUGUUAUAUUCAUGCCAUGCUGUUUAUUGCAUUUCUUUUUGAAUUAUUGUUAAAGAUUUUCAAGGCACACGCUAUGAUUGAUGAGAAAGUGCCUCCUGUUUCAUGCCACAAUGUCCUUGUACUUCCCCUGGAAAUGUACACAAAAGCAGGCUAAGCUUUGGAACUGUGCUCUUAACUGAAACCUUUGGCAUCCAGCUGUAGAAAAAGGUAUAUAAAUGUUGAUCUGCAUUGCACAGAGAAAUCCAGGGGUGAAUUACAAUCUUUUAUUUAUUUAUUUUAAUUUAAAAAGGCUGAUAAGCAUAAGCAGUACACACACACACAAUGACACACACUGAGGAGGGGAACUUCAUAAUAAAAAACAGCAUUGCAAAAAUGGA